CCCGCGUCCAAAUGCUUUCCGCACCGUGAGCAUGUCUGCGGCGCCAGAUAUCGGUCGGGUGUCUUGAAGGACCCGUUCCGAUAGAGCCAGUUGCAGUCCAGCCUUUGCCGUUCUCUCCGUGCUGCUGCCGUGUGUGUGUGUGGCGCGCAGCGAACGUUUGCUCCGCUCCUGUGUACCUGCUUGCUGCUGAUGCUGGUCUCCACAAACUUGUUGCUUGCUGUCUCAUCGUCGCCUGUUGGUUCUCUGAAAAAAAAAUCAAAUCCAGUACAAAGUAAAUCUGCGAGUUUCUAGUGUAGACUGUCGUUGUGUGAGAAUUGUGUAAAGUACCGACGGUCCUCGUGAAGACGAAAGGUCAGAGUGCAGACGGCGCGGCGUGCCAAGAGAUAUAGGAAGUGCGAGGCGGAGGAUCAAGCAGCACUUCCGUGUUUACUGUUUGUGUAUUGCCUGCAGACACCGCCACAAACUGCGGCAUUGGGGGGCCUCACUGGAUUUGAGCGCCAACCUUCAGUUCCAGACGCUUACACUGGCUGGUGUGAAACGGGCCCUGACCAUUGUGCGGGUCUUGUAGUUUGUAGCUGAAGCAUCGCAGACACAUUAUUAUGUAGACUGCAUGGAAUAGUUCAUCCAGAGGGUUACACCAGUGCAGUGACCCUUCCUUGACCUUCCAGGCAGCGUUGCAUGUUCUCUGUGGACAAAACUCAAGAAAACAUUCGCUUGUGCAAUCCAGUUCGCGUAUUUAUGCAUUCCACUGCAUGGCUAGCCCCUCGGAGGUCGACCUGAGAGGUGUGUGACCCUGACCUUUAGCGACACGUUCGUUCAUGCUGCUUGUGGACGUUGCCAAGGGAAUCGUGACGUAAGCGUGAGGACGGCUACUAUAUCUGGCACGUGCGUUGCCAUGCAACGGGUAGCCACGUCGGAGGAGCAGGCUGCGGCUCAGGAGGAGGAGAAGCGGAGGGCGACGUCCAGAUGCUCCUGUCUCCACGUCUGGCUCCUCAGCCUCGCGCGCACGAGAACGAACCACGAUCAGGUCCUUACACUUACAGAUGAGCAGGUAGCAGAGUUCAAAGAGGCCUUCUCGCUGUUUGACAAGGAUGGAGACGGAACCAUUACCACCAGCGAGCUGGGGACAGUCAUGCGAUCACUGGGGCAGAACCCCACAGAGGCUGAACUGCAGGACAUGAUCAACGAGGUAGAUGCUGAUGGCAACGGCACGAUAGACUUUGAAGAGUUCCUGCACAUGAUGGCGCGCAAGAUGAAGGACACGGACAGCGAGGAGGAGCUGCGGGAGGCCUUCAGAGUCUUUGACAAGGACGGAAAUGGGUUCAUCAGUGCCGCGGAACUCAGGCACGUGAUGACCAACCUGGGCGAGAAGCUGACCGAUGAGGAAGUGGACGAGAUGAUCAAGGAGGCCGAUCUGGACGGAGACGGCAUGGUGAACUAUGAAGAUUUCAUGGGAUUCGCAUCCCAACUGCUUUCUAAGAACUCAAAGCGAUAGUGAUGGCGUCGGCCGGCGGCCGCCGUAACAUGAGCAGGCGUGCCUUCACCCGCCUAAUAUGCCUCUGCCUGUCUGCCUGCCUGCCUGAACUGACUGUUUACCGGCAAACCCUCCCUCCCAAUACGUCCACAGCCAUACAACCAUCAAACCAUCCAUCUGUCCCUCAGUCCAUCCGUUCCUCCACUGAGAAAUUCACUUUUUUAAUCCCACUCUGGAAAAACAGUUUUAAAAAAAUGGUGGUCCUGUCCACCCCUGAUCCCCCGGCCCAAACCCUCCCACCAGCUUGAGUGCGCCUUGCAUUCCUACGUUGUCGUUGCAUCAUGGGAAAAUGUUUUGUUGUGUUCAGUCUCGUAACGUCUGUGUCACUAACAUUCAAAGUCCACGAGUGGAUUGUAACAGACAGGUGCAACAGUCCCACGCUGAAGCAUCUUGGAGAUCAUAUUUCGGAAAUUGCAUGCCUUCAGAGGCAGUGAGUGGUCGUGGAGCAUCACCAGCAGGUGGUUUUCAGAAUCAAGAAAGGAGAAACUUGAUGGGUUUUUUUUCUUUGGAGAUUUGGAAGAAUUAUUUUUGCUGUUGGACUCGAUAUUAUUUUAUGUGCAAAUUUAGCGUUUUUAAUCUGAAAGCAAAAGCCAGUAAUAUUUGUAACACUUUUGGUGAACCAGAAAGACCCAGAUAAAUGUGAUGUUUUCGUUGCAACCUGCAUAUUUUUCAAUGGAAUCCUUUUCUACGUGUAACACUGUUCUCGCCAUCGCGCGAGCCAACGAUGUAUUUUGGUGAGGUUUCAGUGGAAAGACUGAAACUGUUUAUGUGCAAUAACAAUAUUGAACUCAUUUUGGAGACUGAAGCCUCGUCUCGCCAGCGUUUGGAGUCUGUCCGGUGUUUAUUGAAGCCACCGCACGGAGGCCAUCGUGUGUAAGGACAUUAUUUCAGGUACUCGUGAACAAAGUCUUGUUUCCAUGACAACAUUCCUUUUCGAUGAACUCCUGCAGCCCUAUUCAGAAACAUUAUGAAAGCCACCAGUCUAAAAGGAUUGAAGGAAGGGAAUAGGAGAAACCUCAGUUUGAAAAGUCCUAAUGAUAUUUUUAUUAAUAGCUUAGGAUGUACUUGGUUCUUUUUUGCACCUUUUUGGAAAUAAUUUUUCAUUAGCAUUCUUUAAAUUUGUAAAGCCUCUUGAAGCUUGUAGUGUCAGACUUAAAGUCAGAUGUCAAAAUGUUUUGAUUUGUUCAUGAAAGACUUUAUGCUGUUGUACUAUUGUGAAAUAAAUGUGUUUACGCUCUGUUGCUGGGGACACCAUUGUAGCUCACUGUUCACUGUUCAUGUUCAGCGCGGUCUCUGUGUGAACAUAGCACGUGGGGCUCAGACAGUGAGUAUGGUGAGAGCACUGGACUUCUAGGAUAAAGAGGACUUGUUUUUGAAAUUAACUGAUUAAACCUCAUUGUCUCUCUAUACAAAUCUCAUAGUAAGGCAUCUAUCUAUUAUCUACCUACCUGAGUGAGUGCGACUGUGCGUAAGCAUGUGUGAGAGUGUGUGUGUGUGUGUGAGAGAGAGAGCGUGCCUGUAUGUUUGAUUAUCUGUCUGUUUGUCUGUCUGAAAGUUCUAAACUCAAACACAAACUUCUUAGUUCUGACAUCAGUUUUCGCUCAUCUGUGUAUAGUUCUAUGAACAAUAUGAACAAAUUAGCUAUUUUGAAGUUCGUUUACCGGAUCUCAGUGAUGUCAAUGAGGUAUUCAUUGGCUGUCAACAUUUUAAGAGUUAUUGUUCGAACCCACAUUGUCACAAUCUACUUGUUGUACUAUAAGAAAAUCGCUGACAGAAAUUUAAGGUACGUUUUUUAAAGAUCUUCCUGAUAAACCAGAAAAUCUCGGUGAAUUUUGAAUGGUGAAUAAUUAAAAGGGAGGUGGUCGGCUCUUAUUUUCAUCUUUUGUGGUUUCCCUUAGAAUUUAGAUGGAAAACUGUCAGCCCUGAAUCGAUGAACGCCAGGACACAAUCGAUUUCAUGCGUUCAUUCGAUCGAGGGCAUCUCUAUGAGGGCACUAGACCCACUCAGUGAGAUGUCUUAGUGUGAUGUUCAAUGGUGACACUUGUAAAAACAUUUGUUUACAUUUGUACACAGCAAACGUUUUACGCAAAUACCGUGUGGCUGGUAUAGUCAUGAACAAACUCUCAUCUAAAAAAAUUCAUUUCCCAGAAUUAUAAGAUCAAAGCGUGUUCUUAACAAAAAAAUUUUGAAUCGCAUUCUGGAUGGGCUGUGACAAGUCUGUCACAGUGGGUUGUCUAGUUGGUUAAUGUCUGUGUGACAUUUUGAUGGUGUGUUAGUCACGACACAACCUUUUCUGAUGGCGUGUUUCUGUUAGAUGACAUUUUUAUCUCUCUGUAUCAUGUUUCCAUACAGCCCACAAACCUGGAUUUUUAACUUUUUGUGAUGUCCGAGCUUCACGAGAAAUCUCGAGUGUUGGUGUCUCUUUGACCAGAAGUCUGUGCGGACAUGUGAGAGCUCGACACAAGUUGUUCACACUGUCGUCUGCUACACACAACUCCCUCCACCUUCUCAUCCUAACAUUGCUCUGUACACAUCCAUUCCCACGUUUUCUUCAUUCCUUGUUUGUGGUCUUUGUGUUGCUCGAACAGCUCAAGGCUCACUGCUCAUUGGCCAUUCGCGAAUCAGCUCGCCUGCUGCUCACAUUCCAUGAAACAACCAACAAAUGUUGCUAAACUGUUAUGUCCCCCUACCCUCGUCUGAGCAAAUACAUUCUUGGCUAGAGUGGCACACAUUACAUGAAAGUAAAAUAAAAUGGUUAUUACAUGUGAGGUGAUGACAGCGACGACGACGAUGAUGAUGAUGACGACGACGACGACGACAAUGAUGAUGACGACACGGCUAUGAGGAUGUCUACUCAAGGUCUAUUGUUUGUUUUAUGUUUAUUAAAAUCGAGAUGCCUGCUUGAUGCUCUCGGAUCUUGUGUUCGCUGAAGUUUUCAUGUAAAUAAUCAAAGGUCGCAUCACUUCACAUCAGGAAAGAGACUGUUAGACGCGACAAGGAUACAAAGUCAUCAGAUUAUCUUCGAUAUACAUUUGUGAUACUGUUUUACCCAAGCUGCCCGAGGACCUGCAGUUGACGAGUGUGUACCCAGUGUUACUCUUGUUUGAUUUUCGGUUGGCCGUAAACCUCACAAGGGUGUUAGAUGACCUGAUGCAGAAAGUUUUCAUGUUGUUUCAGUGUUUAUUCAUGGAGAAAUAGACCACGAAACUAUCUAACCUAUAUAUUAUAAACAUUUCAAAUGUGUCAGUUAUCGAUAUCAUUUUGAAACCAUGUGAUAUAACUUGUUUGUCGAGUUGAUGUAACCAUCUUAGCGCGAUUUUCAUGAAAGCACGGGACUGUGGGACGCCAUGUCAGACAUCCCUGCAGGUCAAUAGGUCACAGACUGUGUCACCUGAUAGUUUGCACAGUAUAUAUGUAACCAGACUACAAUUUUGAUAUCAUAGCCAGUUUUUUGUAACCACUGUAAUGUCCACUAUCUAUGUUGUUUAGGAGACCCAUAAGGAGUACGUUUUUUUUUCUAUUUUCUAUUGAACUAUUGUGUAUCCUCUGUGUUUAUGGGCAUUUCACAUUUUGCAAGAAAAUUUAGAAAGAUUUAAUUACAACAGAAUUUAAAGUA